UUCGAAUAAUGAUCAUUCCCGUUGAAAUUGACGGAUCCAUUCGCAGUCCUUGUUGACCAUUUGACGCCAUCUGCUACCUACUACCAAGGUGAGGUUUUGAACUUUUGAUCCAAAGGUCAGUCUCAGUGCUGCUCUGUCAACUUGGUGGGAUCGAGGGAUUCCCACAAGGCCUGGCUAUCAGCUUAUAUGUCUUGUUAACAGAUUAAUUAGUCAUCCUUUUGUAACACCACUGGAGAUCUAGAAUCUGGGGGAAUGGAUUCUGAGACGGUAGUGCAUAAUGGUGGGUGCCACUGCAGGAAUGUAAGAUGGCGAGUCCGAGCUCCUACCAGCAUUGUAGCUUGGGAUUGCAACUGUUCUGACUGCUUCAUGAGGAAGAACACUCACUUCAUCGUCCCUGCUGAAAGGUUUGAGCUUCUGGGAGAUUCCAGACAGUUUCUUACUACCUACACCUUUGGUUCUCAUACAGCAAAGCACACAUUUUGUAAAGUUUGUGGCAUAACUUCAUUUUACAUUCCACGUUCAAACCCAGAUGGAGUUGCAGUUACAUUUAGGUGUGUCGAUCCUGGAACACUAACCCAUGUUGAGAUUAAGUAUUUUGAUGGGAGAAAUUGGGACAGCUCAUACGAUCAGACGGGCAUAGCUUCACUCUCGAAGGUGCAAAAUCCGCCAGCUGAAGGGUCAAAGUGAUCUCCACCUAUAUGUCCUGAAAUAAGUUUAAUUCGAACACAAGAUGCUAAUGGAAACAAUUAGUUAUUUUGGAGGUUGAUACCGUCUGGAAUCUACUUCAUGAUAUGUAUUAACGGCAAUGGAAAUUUGUAAACCAUCAAUCAUAUGUGUUUGGUUAGAAAUGCAAGAACUCAGUGGAAAAAUCGGAAAUGAAGAAGAAUCUUUCCAGCUAUCA